CCUCCGUGUGAUCCGCGUGCGUUCACAACGUGGUACUUCUUCAAAUCAGUUUCUACAAAGUUUACACCCAGGUUUUUGAGUUUCACAAUGGAAGAGGAAGACUUCCCUCGUGGCCGAGGCAACCAGAAGAAAGUGACAUUCCUGGAAACGAAAUCCAUCAAAAGAAAACAUGAAGAUGCUUUGUUCAAGGAUGACAGUGAGACAAGCAACUUGGAAAAGAGGAGGCGUGAGUCGAAGGUGACUAUCAUUGAAGAGGACAAGGAUGAUGAUGAAGAUGAAUCACCACUCAAGAUGUUCGAGUAUGAUGAGGGUGAUGAGAAUAUUGAAGAAGGAGCAGAGGGAGUAAUUGAAGAUGGUCUUCUGAGCACAUCGGAAAUAGUUCCAAAGUUCUCCAAACUCAGAAGAACGACGAUAUCCGAAGGUUUGUUGGUGCUGGGAGCAAUUAAAGAGCUGCAUGAAUAUGAGAUAGUGGUGAAUCUACCUAGUAUGAUGACGGGGUACGUUCAGAUCACUGAUAUCUCAGCGUCUUAUACCAAACUACUGGAGAAACUCGGAGAUGCUCAGAUGGAGAGAAUGGAUGAGGUUCAGGGAAUACCAAAUCUGCAGGAUCUUUAUUCCAUUGGCGAGCUUGUCCUGUGUAAGGUCAAAUCGGCAGGGACAACCAAGUCUGGACGUCAGCACAUACAAUUAACCCUUGACCCACAGGCUAUUAAUUCUCAACUCAGUCCCAGCAUGCUCCAGAGUGGAAUGACUGUUGUUGGAAGCAUAUCCAGCAAAGAAGACCACGGUUAUGUAAUAGAGACCGGUGUAGCUGGCGUUCAUGGCUUCCUUAACAACAGCGAUGCAGAGUGGUACAUGAAGAAUAGUAAACAAGAGCAACCGCUGUUUGUCUCCAAGCCAAUCAAAUGCCAGAUAAAGGAAGUGAAGUCCAAUGGGAGAUCUCUGGUACUCUCCACCAACCCAGCUGCUUUUUCUAGAGCAAAGAUCAGGAAGCAAGAUAGGGCCCCAAAGCUGCCAGUAAAGCGUCACUUCUCUUCACUGCUACCAGGCGCCAUAGUUAACGCUACGGUAACAAAGGUUAUCGAAGAAAACAUCAAGGUCAGCUUCUUGAAUUCUUUUACUGGCUGCAUCGAUCAGUUCCACUUAAAAGACAGCAGUGCCGGUACGAGUUUAUACAAAGAGAAACAAAUGGUGAAAGCGUGUAUCAUAUUCAGUUGUCCAAACAGUAAGUCUCUUGGCCUCAGCUUGAUGCUCCAGCACGUUGACCCCGUCAAUCAGACGCAAUCACAGCUCCAGGAUUUAAAGAUUGGUGAAAUCAUCAAGCACUCAACGAUCUUAAGAAUUGAUAAGAGGCUUGGCAUGUUAGUUCAGCUACAUGAAGAGUCCAGAGGGUUCGUUUAUCUCCCACAUUUAUCGGACAAGAAGGACAAAAUUACGACGCAAGGCUUCAAAGUAGGAGGUAUCGUGAAAGUCCGGGUACUGGACAUCAAUUUGAUGGACAAGUUGGCAUCUGUAUCCAUGAAGGUAUCUAUCUUAAAGCAGCCAUUCCUCGGCUACUAUGACAUUCAGCCUGGUGCCAAAGUGGAGGGCACGGUGUCAGCUGUCACAGACAAAGGUUUACGGAUACAAAUCUCUCCUCACGUCGCAGGCUUUGUGCCUAACUUACAUAUGGCGGAUGUGAUUAUUCAUAAACCAAGUAGCAAGUUCCAAAUUGAUCAGGCUCUGCAACUCAGGGUUCUCGUGGUGGAUGCAAACAAACGUCGUCUUCUCCUGACCCACAAAAAAAGCUUAGUGGAGUCCACCCUUCCAGUCAUCACGUCUUAUGACCAACCGGAAGUUGAUAUGUUGCUACAUGCUUAUAUUGUUACAAUCAAGGACUUUGGUUACCUUGUCCGUUUCUACAACGAUGUCACAGGGUUGAUCCACUCUUCAGAGCUGUGCAUUGGCAAUGAAGCGGUAGAAGAAGGCGCCUACGCUGUGGGUCAAGUCGUCAAGUGUCGCGUCACGAAGACAUAUCCUGUUGAAGACAGACGCAUCUCAUUGUCUCUUAAUUUAACCAAGAAGCCCACGGAGAUCAAGGAGGCUGGCUACAGCAAUCCCGAGAUGGGACAGCUCACAGAUGCCAAAGUGACCAGGGUCACUGACUAUGGCCUAGAUGUCACGCUGCAGCCUGGUGGCGCUAGAGCCUUCCUUCCCAAAAUGCACCUGUCUGAUUUUACAGAGAACUGUGGUCCGAUGCUGGCAUGCUACGAGCGGAACGACAUCAUUUCUAACGUUAUGCACUGGUCUUUCUCUACUCGCACAAACCAUGCUGUUGUGACACAAAAACCGAUGCUGAUACAAGCGAAGCAAAACAAGGAGCUUAUCAAAGAGUUUAAUGAGCUGCAGUCUGACGCCGUCGUCAUGGGCGUCGUCAAGCGCGUCAUGAAAUAUGGCCUCUUCAUUGAGUUGCCCAACAAUCUCGUGGGACUUGCCCCAAUAUCUGCGAUGUCAGAUGACUUUACCACCAACUCGGAUGCAUUCCAAGUGGGUCAGACCCUGAGAGCUAAUGUGACGGAGGUAGUCGUCGAGAAAUCUCGAUUUCUCUUGAGUCUUCAGUCGUCCAUGUGCCACCCUAAGAAGGGAGAAGAUCGUCUCCUGAUGGAGCAGUACUUCAACGAGAGAGAUGUUAUCAGCAAGAAACUGGCAACAAAGGAAGCCUGGAAGCAGCUUCUGAAACCCAAGAUCUGUCAGCAAGUAGAAGUCGAAGUCAGUCAAACAACCCCAGUAGGAUUAGUUUGUCAGCUGCCCAACGACGUCAACGGAUUUAUUGAUAGUUCUUACAUUGGAGAAAAUGAAGCUGAAGAGGGGUCAAAGGUCAGCGCCUACGUACUGAAUGUCGAUCUCAAGGAGAAGUUUGUUGAACUUUGCCUGGAUCCUCGGACCAUUCAUCUGGACGUGAAGGUGUCUCAACAACAGCUCUCCAAGAAGAGCAAAAACAGUGAUGUUGCGGAAGCAACUGUUGCCAUGGUGAAGGAUGACUUUGUCAUGGUUUGCUUGAAUUCUAGCGGGAGGAUAGCGUACAUCCCGGGAAGAAGGCAUCUGAAUGAUAUUCGUGUUGGAGACGAUUGUCUCGCUGUUGGACAGACCAUCAACGUCAUCAAACAGAGAUUCAUCAACAAUCGAGUGUUCACUGAGCAGUUUGUCAGUCAGAAAAAAAAUACGACCAAACCAUCGGCGCCGCAGACUGUUGAGAAAGCUGUGCCUAAGAAAACAUCCAAGAAGGAACUCAAGAAUCAGGCUAAGAAAGAACCCAAGAAAGAGUCAAGGAAGGAGAGGAAGAUGAAGACAGAAUCUGCAGACAUCAACGCAGAAGGAUUACAACUGGGUCAAACGGUCACCGCAGUGGUGAAAUCUAUCCUUGAAUGCCAGAUGAAUGUGCGAGUAAAUGAUGUCAUCAUGGGUCGAGUGCACGCUUUAGAAGUCAGACACUUUAUGAAACCGACUAAGUCUCCAUUUAAAGGAAUGAAAGUGGGACAGGAGUUAAAAGCAAAGGUCAUAGGUUAUCUACAGGUCAAAGAUCACCACUACCUCCCGAUCACACAUACUCACGGCGUUAAGAUGGCAGUAGAUUUGACACUAAUACAAAGCAAAUUGGAUGAUGACGAUUUCAAGACUGAAGAUUUAACUCUAGAGAAGCAGUUACUUUCCUACAAGCCUGAACAGACUGUCACCUGUGUGGUUCAGAAGUAUGUACAGAAUGUGUUGUGGGUGGCUGUGACUGGUACCCUGCAAGGCAAGAUUUUCCAGUUAAAUCUGUCCAAGAGCUUGAGUGAAGUGCAGAAACCGGCUAAGUUAUUCAAACCAGGAGCGGUCAGAAAAGCCAAAGUGGUCAAAAUUGACAUGACACAUAAGGUUUUAGAACUAACAUUUGUUGGUACUGGCUCGUCUGAGUUGACCCCUGGAAUGAUCCUGAAUGGAUUUAUAACUCGAAUCAUCCCCGGAGUGGGUCUGGUCAUUCAGCUUCCCUUCUGUCAUCACGGCAGGGUGUCUCUCACUGACCUUAGAGACCGCUUCAUCAAAGAUCCUUUGGCGGGAUUCAAGAAGAAACAGUGUGUCAGGUGUUGCGUGAUGGCAGUGCCAAAGAAAGACAAUGCAGUUUUAUCAUUGAGAGCUUCGGACACAUGGGAGGAUCACGCCGCAGUUAUUGACAAGGACAUUCGCUCUGCUGAGGAGUUAGCAGUCGGUGACAUCGUUAAAGGAUAUGUGAGCAGCUGCACAAAGGUCGGCGUCUUCGUCAGUUUAUCACGAAAAGUUUUUGGUCGAAUCCAAAUGAAGAACUUGUCGGAAUCUUUUGUCAAGGAUCCAGGACCUCUGUUUCCAACAGGAAUGCUUCUUACUGUUGCAGUGUUAAGCGUUAAUAAGAAGUCAGGAAAGAUUGAGCUCUCUUCAGCGAGCACUGCCACUGGCGCCGAAGAUCCGGUUCCUGCCAAACUCAGAGUGACAAGAAAGAAGAAUCUGAAGAGGAAACGAAACAUAUCGGAAGGAGAGGAGGACAUUGAUAGCGGAUUAGAAGAACCAGAAACAUUGAGUGACACGGAAGUAGAGGUGAUACAGAAACCAAGAGAGGGCGCUCCAGUUGCUCGACUCAACGUUGACUCUGGAUUUAGUUGGGAUAGUAGUCAUGCACCAGAUGCCAAGAAGAGUAAGAAGACAGUACUCCGCAACGAGGAGGAAUCCAGCAGCGAGGAAAGUGAUGUGGAAGAGGAGGAGACAGUUGUCAAAGAGCCUUCUCAGGUCAAAAGCAAGAAGGAGAAGGAAGCCAUAGAAAAGGCAGAAGAAGAGCUUCUCUUCAAGACGGAGUGUGAAUUGAUGGAUGAAGACAAAACACCGCAGACGUCCGAUGAAUACGAUCGUCUCGUUCUGAGUUCUCCAAACUCCUCCCUGGUAUGGAUUCGUUACAUGGCCUUCUACCUUCAGUCAGCCGAGAUUGACAAAGCUAGAGCAGUGGCUGAGAGAGCUCUUAAAACUAUGAGCUUCAGAGAGGAGUCUGAGAAGCUGAAUGUGUGGGUGUCAUUCUUGAAUCUUGAGAAUCUAUACGGAACGGAAGAGUCUCUACUCAAGGUGUUUGAGAGGGCGCUAAAGCACUGUGAACCAAUCAAAGUCUUCCAGAAUAUGGUCAACAUCUACGUCCGCACAGAGAAACUCGAGCAAGCAGAGCAGUUGUACAAUACGAUGGUGAAGCGAUUUAACUUCAAUAAAGAUGUCUGGAUCAGCUAUGGUUACUUUCUGAUGAAGAGCGGACGUCACGGUGCAGCCCACAAACUUAUGCAGAGAAGUUUCAAAAGUCUAACACAAAAAGAGCAUGUUGAUGUAAUUACAAAAUUUGCUCAAAUGGAGUUCAAGUUUGCCGAAGCUGAACGAGGCAAGACGAUGUUUGAAAAUGUCCUCAGCAACUAUCCAAAGCGUACUGAUAUCUGGUCGGUGUACCUGGAUAUGAUGAUCAAGGAAGCAGAUGUAGAGGCUGUCAGACAUCUUUUCGAGAGAGUCAUCCACCUUAGUCUCUCGGCCAAGAAGAUGAAGUUCUUCUUCAAGCGCUACUUGGAGUUUGAGAAAAAAUCUGGCACCGAUGCCAGUGUAGUGGAGGUUAAACGCAAGGCUGUCGAGUAUGUAGAGUCUAAGAUGGAGGUGGUCGCUGAUAGCUGAGCUGGGUCGUACAGCCGUGUCUGACUCAAGCAACUUAGGUUAUGGUUAUGGCUGCUGGCUACAGGAGCAACAUUGGAGAAUAGGACUUUUAAAUAAGGUCAGCCAUAGCAGCAGCUGAAGCCAUAAAUUCAGACUGUUUCUGAAUUAGUGGCUAUGGCUGUGACUGUGGCUAACUCACUGUGUCAUAAUAUUUGGUGUGUUCGUUUAGCUUCCCCCGGGUCGACCCCGGUCUGCCCACGGUUUGUUCGAAUAGCUUUGACGUCA